UUGAUGGGAAACGACACGUUCAACAGCUUCACGCUGCAGAUGGAGGGCGUGAAGGUCACAGAGGUGUCAGUGUACCCCAUCUUUUUCUUCUUCUUCCUCUCCUACAUUAUUAUCAUCUUAGCCAACAUCGGCAUUAUCGUCCUGGUUGUCAUCGACAGAAGCCUCCACCAGCCCAUGUACCUGCUGUUCUGCAACCUGCCGGUUAACGACAUCCUCGGGAACUCUCUCCUGGUGCCGCGUUUGCUGAUCGACAUGCUGAAGCCUCCGUCCGAGCGCCUCAUCAGUUAUUACGAGUGUGUGGGCCAAGCCUUCACCUCACACAUGUUCGGGACUGCUGCUCACACUGUGCUCAUGAUCAUGGCGUUUGACAGAUACGUGGCCAUCUGUAACCCCCUGCGCUACUCCGCCAUAAUGACCAACAGGAUGGUGAUGAAGCUGACGGUGUCGGCCUGGGGAGUGGCUUUGGUUUUGGUGGGGAUUCUGCUGGGUCUGACCGUACGGCUGAACCGAUGCAGGACUCUGAUCACAAACCCUUACUGUGACAACGCCUCUUUAUUCAAACUCUCCUGUGAGAGCGUGUUCAUCAAUAACGUCUACGGCCUCACCUUCACUGUCGUCCUGCUCUCGUCCUCCAUCGGCAGCAUGGUUCUCACCUACACUAAGAUCACAGUCGUCUGUCUGAUGAGUAAGAACAAGUCUCUGAACGGUAAAGCUUUAAAGACCUGCAGCACUCAUCUCUUUGUUUAUCUGAUCAUGUUCUUCUCUGGAAUGGUCUGCAUCAUCCUGCACCGCUUCCCUCAUCACUCAGACUACAGAAAACUUGCUGCCAUUUUGUUCCACAUCAUCCCCGGAGGCCUUAACCCCAUCAUCUACGGUGUGCAGUCCAAAGAGAUACGAAAAUUCCUGUCACAGCUGUUUCAGUCCAAAAAGGUUUUACCAUCAUUUUAA